CAAACGCGUUUGACGCGGUUCGUCUCGAGGACCAGAUCGAGGAUCGACAAAAAGUAUUCAUAAAUUAACAAUCAAAAAUCAAAUUCCGAAAUGUCAGCCGGUACAUCGAAAACGUCACUAAAUUGUGAUGAUUAUCAAGUCACCGAAGAGGACGAAAUUCGCGCCAUCGACUUUGAAUUGGAUCAAAUUGAUGCCGAAAUUCAGAAGCUAGAAGACAGGAAGCAAGUGCUCACCUCCAGGAAGGAAAAAUUGAAAGACGAUGCUCUUGUAAAGAAAAGUUUAUCUCUAUCGGAAAAAAAUUGGAAUACGGAAAAAUUCGAAUGGUCGUGGGGUGUUAGAAAAUGUUUGAAUAUCACAUUCAAAAUUAACGAAUUCAGACCAUUGCAAUUGCAGACAAUAAAUGCGACAAUGUCAGGAGAGGAUGUGAUUUUGGUGAUGCCUACCGGAGGAGGAAAAAGUCUUUGCUACCAAUUGCCAGCUGUAGUUGGAAAGGGAUUCACCGUAGUCGUAUCUCCCUUGAUUGCCCUGAUGGAGGACCAGCUUCGCGGUUUACAUAAAAACAACAUUAACGCCAUGAUGUUGAGUGCAAAAUCCGGAAAGGAGAACACAAAACAAAUUAUGACAGCUCUAGUUGACAGUAAUUCGAGUCUAAAGUUAGUUUAUGUAACCCCGGAAUACCUAGCAAAGUCAAAUAGAUUUAAGAGUAAAUUACAAAAAGCUUACGAAAUGGGUCGACUCGAUAGAUUUGCAAUCGACGAGGUGCACUGCUGCAGUCAUUGGGGACACGAUUUUCGCAAAGACUAUAAUCGACUAGGAAUACUAAAAUCAAUGUUCCCCGGUGUUCCCCUCCUUGGACUCACUGCAACAGCACCAUCAAAAAUAAUUGUCGAUGUCCAAAAGAUGCUCGACAUUAAAGGCUGUCUAGUACUUCGUUCUCACUUCAAUCGUCCGAAUCUUUACUACGAGGUCCGGAGAAAACCUAAUGAAAAAGAUGUUUGUCUCUCAAUGAUUGAGAAUUUAAUGAAAAACAGAUUCGAGGGCAAAAGCGGAAUUAUUUACACUACCACAAUAAAGGAUGCCGAAGAUUUGACAACCGAUUUAAGAGCACGUGGAUUGAAAGUCGGUUGUUAUCACGCGAUGUUAGAACCUGAUUUCCGCACAAAAGUCUACACAAAAUGGUUUUCCGGCGACUAUCAAGCGGUGGUUGCAACAAUUGCAUUUGGCCUCGGAAUCGACAAACCGGACGUUCGAUUUGUAAUUCAUCACAGUCUAUCAAAGUCAAUGGAAAGUUUCUAUCAGGAGAGUGGUCGUGCCGGACGAGAUGGGAAAAAAUCCUACUGCAUCGUUUUCUACAGAUUGCAAGACAUAUUUAAAUUAAGUGGAAUGGUUUUCACGGACUCAGUAACAGUAGGUUUGCCGAAUUUGUACAAAAUGCUCGCCUACUGCCUCGACCAAAGUUCAUGUCGACGAAGUUUGAUCGCCAGCCAUUUCGGGGAAAAAUGGACGGACAAGGAUUGCGACCUCAUGUGCGAUCACUGCAAGAAACCAAGGGAAAAGAAGAAAAUUGACGUGGGACCCUACUGUUCUUAUUUGUACCAAAUAAUGAUGAACGCCGUGCAGCGUGAAACGAGACUCACUCCUUUGAAAUUAAUCGACUCUUGGUACAAUAAGGGAGCCGCUGCCCUAAGGGUAGCAAGUGUACCGACGCCGAAAUUCCCCCGAGAAAUUGGCGAAGCGAUCGUGGGACAUUUGCUAAUGCUCGGUUAUCUGCAGGAAGACUUUCAGUUUACUUCGUACGCGACAAUCACGUACUUAAAACGUGGUCCUAAGGCAGCUUUGGUUUUCGCAAAGAAUCACGAGAUUCCUUUCGAAUGCGAAAAUUAUGACAAAAAAAGUUAAUUUCAGUAUUCGGUUAUUUAGCGAAAAAUUCAGUAAUCUUGACGAGAAAGAAUUUAUAGACAAAGAUUUUCGUUGUUCAUUUUAUUUUUAAUUAUUUAACUAAUUUUAGUUCUAUUUUCAAACUAAAAGUCUAGAGAAAAAUCAUGAAAACAGAUAAUUUCAUCUAUUAACCUAGACUAUUAUUAUUUAUUAAUUAUUAUUAAUCUUGACAGAUUUUCACUUUUUAAUAACAGGAGAUAUCCUUCAUUUUUUAUGAAUCGUGUAAAAAAGUCAUUUCACUGUACUAUUCUAUAUUUUUUAUAUAGAAAUUCUAAAACUAUUUUUGUAACGUUUUGAUAAAUAAUUAUCACUGCAGAUAAUGCAUUUCUAAUCUAAUUUAUUUCAAAAAACCAAAGAUUACAAUUUCGAUUUGGAUGAAUUUUUCGUUUUUGUCAAGGUAUUUCUGCAGGGCUCGAAACUAGGUCCGUUAAUCCCUUAAAAGUCUGUAACUUUGCUUGAAGUCCGUAAAAGUACGUUUUUUUGAA